AGAUAGAUAGAUAGAUAGAUAGAGAGGGAUAAAGGGAGAGAGAUAGAUAGAGAGGGAUAAUGGGAGAGAGAGAGAUAGAUAGAGAGGGGUAAUGGGAGAGAUAGAUAGAUAGAGAGGGAAAUCAGAAAGAGAGAUAGAUAUAGAGGGAAAUCAGAAAGAGAGAUAGAUAGAUAGAUAGAUAGAUAGAUAGAUAGAUAGAUAGAUAGAUAGAUAGAUAGAUAGAUAGAUAGAUAGAUAGAGAGGAUAAUCAGAAAGAGAGAUAGAUAGAGAGGGAAAUCAGAAAGAGAUAGAUAGAGAGGGAAAUCAGAAAGAGAUAGAUAGAGAGGGAAAUCAGAACGAGAGAUAGAUAUAGAGGGAAAUCAAAAAGAGAGAGGGCAUAGGCAUAAAAAAGUAGAGAGCUGGUGUGGCGAUAGACAGAGAGAGUGAGCAAGAGGGCGUGACAGAUGGAGAGAGAUGUGGAGAUGCAUUGGCACUGACCAUAUUCCUCCCUACCCCCCCCACCCCCACCCCUCCUGCCUCCCUCCUCCCUCCUCCCUUCCCAGUUCCCUGUAUUAAUAAGCAGCCUGAUGCAAGGCGGGGAAACAGUCAUUCAGGGAGCAGUAUAAAUAUUCCCACAUGAGGCUUAACAUGAUAAAGACUUAAUAACCCAGUAAGCUGCUGUAGACACACACACAUACACACACAGUCUUUAGCAUGCACACACACAUACACGACACACACGCCACAAAUAUACUUGCACACACAUACAGGGAGGGGGAGGAGUUAACUGCAGGUGUGCAGGAGUUAAGCCAAUCAGAGCUGUGCCUCAGAGAGGGGUCAUUACACUGCAGAACAUGUUGAAAGAGAACAAGGGAUGAGAGAGAAGACAAAGAAAAAGGAAAAGUCAAGAAAAGAUUAAGGGAGAAAGAAAUAUUCAAACCAAACUGACAUGGGGUUAUAAUUUGGAGCCGAGGUGCCACGUGAUGAUGGUGGAAUCGGCCUCUGAGACCACUCGAACUACGCCCUCCAAUCAGAACGGAGUCAGCAGCCUCAGCAGCCAUUCGGACGGCGGGGGAGGGAGAGAAGGCGGGUCCAACGGGGACACCAAUGGGGAGAUCAGCCCUGUGGACCUACUGCACCUCCAGCAGCAGCAGGCCCUGCAGGCAGCCAGACAGUUCCUCCUCCAACAGGCCUCUGGACUCAACUCCCCCAGCAGCAACGAGGUGAAACAGAGCCAGGUGCAGGUGCCAGUGUCCAUGACUAUGUUGGCCCCCCAGAUGAUCAGUCCUCAACAGAUGCAGCAGAUCCUGUCCCCUGCUCAGCUACAGGCCCUGCUGCAACAACAACAGGCCAUCAUGCUACAGCAGCUACAGGAGUACUAUAAGAAGCAGCAGGAGCAGCUGCAUCUUCAGCUUCUGACUCAGCAGCAGCAGCAGGCUGGGAAGCAGGCGGCCAAAGAGAGUCUCCACUCACCUGGUGUCCCAGGUCUGAGAGGAAGAAAGAGAAGCAGCACUGCUGAGGACCUCGAGGCCCGGAGGUGCUCACCCUACUGGUUAGAAUGGGUAUGGCAGCAGCAGAUAGGUAACAAGCAGUUGGCCUUCCAGCAGCAGCUCAUUCAGAUGCAGCAACUUCAACAGCAGCACAUCCUCAACCUGCAGAGACAAGGCCUGGUCUCCCUACAGCCCAGUAACCCCAUGCAGAGCCUGCAGCAAGCCAUGUGUCCUGGGGACCUGCAGCAGCUGUGGAAGGAGGUGUCGGGGGUGCAGUCUGCAGAGGAGGCCCUGAAGCAGCAGCAGACUGGAGAGGGUCUGGACCUCAGCACCAACUCUACCUCAACCUCCUUCCCCAAAGCAAACACACGCAGCAGCCUGCACAAUGGACAGGACAACCACACCCCAAAGAGAGACAGAUACAGAGACAGAGCAAGACUCUUUGAAUGGAUCUCCUCCUUCAGCAAGGCAGACCUCGGAGAUGAACACCUCAUGCCUUACACCAAAGGCGGCCCACUAUCCAGCAGCCACCACGAGGAGCAUGCAGGUUCCCAUCCUCUCUAUGGCCAUGGAGAGUGUAAAUGGCCUGGCUGUGAGGCUCUGUGUGAUGACAUGGGACAGUUCAUCAAGCAUCUGAACAACGAGCAUGCUCUGGAUGACCGCAGCACGGCCCAAUGCAGGGUGCAGAUGCAGGUGGUCCAACAGCUGGAGAUACAGCUGUCCAAGGAGAGUGAACGACUGCAGGCGAUGAUGACCCACCUGCACAUGCGCCCUUCGGAGCCAAAGCCUUUCAAUCAACCUCUGAACCUGGCGUCCAGUGGCUCCCUGCUGAAGAGGGAGAGCGAUGCGUACCCCGAGGGUCUACCUCACCCCCCCACCUCCGCCGCCGCCCCUAUUACCCCGGUCCGCCAGGGCCCCUCUGUCAUCAGCUCCUCCAGCCUGCACUCACACUCACACUCACACUCACACUCACACUCACACCCGCACGGCGUGGGACCCAUACGCAGGCGCAUCGCUGACAAGUUCUGCACCCCCAUCGCCUCAGGUAUACGAGAGGAGCUGGCGCAGAACUGUGAGUUCUAUAAGAACGCUGACGUCAGACCUCCCUUCACCUACGCCUCUCUCAUACGCCAUGCCAUUCUGGAGGCUCCAGACAUGCAGCUGACUCUUAAUGAGAUCUAUAACUGGUUUACACGAAUGUUCGCCUACUUCAGGAGAAACACAGCCACAUGGAAGAAUGCUGUGCGCCACAACCUGAGUCUGCAUAAGUGUUUUGUGAGGGUGGAGAACGUGAAGGGGGCCGUGUGGACGGUGGACGAAGUGGAAUACCAAAAGAGAAGACCACCAAAGAUGACUGGGAGUCCUACUCUGGUGAAGAAUAUGAUUUCAGGCCUGGGUUUCGGUUCUCUAAACGCCAGCUACCAGGCGGCCCUUGCAGAGAGCAGUCUGACUCUGUUGAACAGCCAGGGCCUGGUUAACCCCUCCUCUGCCGCCAGCCUCAGCAUGCUACACGGGAUGGGUCACAAUGAUGUCAGCUCCACUGUGGAACAGGUCAACAGCAACGGUAGCUGCAGCCCUACACUCAGCCCACAGCAGUAUGGACACCAGGUCCAUGUGAAGGAGGAGCCCACUGAGGUUGAGGAGGACAGACGCUCCGUGUCGCUCAUGGCAACUAUCACUCAUGGCAACAUGGCAUUGCCUAGCGAUCGGGAUGACCGAGAUUUGGAGGAUGAGCUUCCAACCGACGAGCUGGAGUAGGAUUGGAAGAGCUGAACCAGUGGGCGGGACUUUGAGGUUUAAUCCCGCCCCCUCCAUUGGAGGGAAGAGAAAUUAUGACACAUAAAAAAGAAGAUAUAGAGAGUUUAAAAAAGUAUGAUUUCUUUUAAAGCAAGAAACCAACAAUGAGAAACUUCAAACAGGGUUAGACCUCCGUUAUGUAUCGAUGCAAAAAUAACACUCUGGAGCAUUGCUUUAUCCCCACACGUUUUCACCCAC